AUGUUGGCACAAACAUGGUACUUUCCUCGAACACCUUGUCGACAUUUUCCGAAUCCACCACCUCUACACCCUCAUUUGCAGUCUCCUACUUCAUCAACAAUCUCAAAUUCUCAUCAGAAUCCGCUCUCAAAGCCUCCAAACUCGUCCAUUUCAAAACCUCCAAAAAACCCGAUUCAGUUCUCAACUUCUUCAGAACCCACAGUUUCACCGGUUCAGAUAUACACAAAAUCAUCCAAAGAUCCCAAAGUUUCAAUUUUUACCCUCUCCUCUCCGAACUCGAACGCAACCGCGAAGACAAAUAAUGGGAGCAACAACACAUUCAUCAUUCUCGCCCUCAACUCCAUCACCACGACAACACCCAACCAUUCCUUCUUCCGCUGUAACUUCAGAUCAACACCGACUCAGCCACUAUCCACCAUCACGCGCAAACUACAGAUGCAACAUCACCUUACCAGCUACAGCCGAUCGCGUCCCCAUCAUUCCCAGAACCGGCCACCGUCCAAUUCCGCCGCUAUUUCCACCGACACUCCGACCGCGCCACUUAGCCGCGUCACCACUCACCGGUAA